CAGCGAAACAAACAAUACAACCCUGUAAUUUGGCGUAUGUUUUGAUUUCUUUUUAACUGAACGUGAAACCAAACAAAAAAUGGAUGAAAAACUACAACAGAUUUUUAAAAUACGACCUUUGCAAACAAAUUGCAUUGCCUACCGCAGCUCCACAAAUGAAUAUCGCAAAAUGAUGAAGCAAACCUGUGUAUCAGAACUAAAGAACUUGGUAAGCGUAGAAAUGAAAAUCGAGCAAGUCCAUCUAAAGAUGCCCGACGAGAAACAAAUACCAAAUAUAAGCGAGGAAUUAAAGAAAUCAAAAGCGGAUUGUUUAUUAAAAGAAUGCAGUCUUGUAGAAGAAGGUUUAAUGUUGUUAUAAAUAAAUAGUUGAUAAAUGUUCAUAUAAAUUUUAGUUUUUCACCAUCACUUUAUUAAGAUGUUUGUAAACUAAGCUUAAGCAUUCAUAAGUGGGUUUAAAUAUCUGAAAAUAAUAAAAAGAAAUUUCUUUAAAA